CGCCACCGGGGGCGUGGGCGACGGGGCGGACGGCCGCGCCGGGCGCCUGACGGGGAGGGGAGGCCGCGCCGCCCGGCGCUCCUGCCCAGCGGUGCGCUACCGCGCCGCCCGCCCGGGUGGUUCUAGCGUGUGGAGGCAGCCCCCGUGCCCUUGUCCGCCGCUGAGGCCAGCGGGCACCGGCAGGCAGUUGGCGGCUGGCCGCGGCAGCGGGACCGGCGGGCCUGGGCGUGGGGGGCGCCCGUUAUUAGCCGCUCGGCGCAGGCAGCGCCCCGGCCGCCCGCGCCGCCGCCGAGGGGCGGCCCCGCGCGCUGCCGGGCCUCGCCGCCAUCUUGGCCGCUGCCCCGGGAGCGGGACGGGCCGCACCGGGCCGGGGGAGAAAAUGAUCCACAGCCUGUUUCUUAUAAACUGUUCUGGUGAUAUAUUCUUGGAGAAGCACUGGAAGAGCGUUGUGAGCCAAUCUGUGUGUGAUUAUUUCUUUGAAGCUCAGGAGAAAGCAAUCGAUGUUGAGAAUGUGCCUCCUGUCAUCUCAACGCCACAUCACUACCUCAUCAGCAUCUAUAGGGAUAAAAUCUUCUUUGUGUCUGUCAUACAGUCAGAAGUGCCACCACUCUUUGUAAUUGAAUUUCUGCACCGAGUAGCAGAUACUUUCCAGGAUUACUUCGGCGAAUGUUCUGAGACUGCAAUUAAGGACAAUGUAGUUAUUGUGUAUGAACUUCUAGAAGAAAUGUUAGACAAUGGCUUUCCACUGGCAACAGAAUCUAACAUACUGAAGGAGCUGAUUAAGCCUCCCACAAUUUUGCGCUCCGUCGUCAACUCCAUCACAGGCAGUAGUAAUGUAGGUGACACACUUCCCACCGGCCAGUUGUCCAACAUUCCUUGGCGCAGAGCAGGAGUAAAAUACACAAACAACGAAGCCUAUUUUGAUGUCGUUGAAGAAAUUGAUGCAAUUAUAGACAAAUCAGGUUCUACAGUCUUUGCAGAAAUCCAAGGUGUUAUUGAUUCAUGUAUUAAGCUCUCAGGAAUGCCAGAUCUUUCUCUUUCUUUCAUGAACCCACGGCUGCUGGAUGAUGUCAGCUUCCAUCCAUGUAUUCGGUUCAAACGCUGGGAGUCAGAGAGAGUCCUUUCAUUCAUUCCUCCUGAUGGGAAUUUCAGAUUGAUCUCCUACCGUGUCAGUUCACAGAACUUGGUGGCAAUUCCUGUAUAUGUGAAACACAUGAUCAGUUUUAAGGAAAACAGUUCUUCAGGAAGAUUUGAUGUUACCAUUGGACCAAAACAGAACAUGGGGAAAACAGUAGAAAGCGUUGUCAUGACAGUUCACAUGCCAAAGGCUGUACUUAAUAUGAACCUUACUGCUACACAAGGCAGCUAUACGUUUGACCCAGUUACUAAGGUCUUAACAUGGGAUGUUGGCAAAAUUACUCCUCAGAAGCUACCAAACCUGAAGGGCCUCGUGAACCUGCAAUCUGGAGCCCCCAAGCCAGAGGAGAAUCCCAGUUUAAACAUCCAGUUUAAGAUACAACAGCUUGCAAUUUCAGGACUGAAAGUGAAUCGCCUAGACAUGUAUGGAGAGAAAUACAAGCCUUUUAAAGGUGUCAAAUAUAUUACAAAAGCAGGAAAAUUCCAAGUGAGGACAUGAAAAGCUGUUCAACUUCCAAGAGGAAAUUCCCCUUAAAAAAAAGAAAACUUGACUGCUUAGUGACUUACGUUGCUAUUAAUUAGGUGCCAAUUAAUUAAUAGACUCUGAUUAGUUCGGGAUCAAAGCAUUUGUGCACAGCAGCUCUUAAAAUGAAAGCAUAGCUUAGUUUUUCUUAAUAUGGCUUUAAAAUAAGGUACUUUUUUUCUAAUACACCUUCACUCUCUUUUUACUGAAUUGUUGUGCUGGUGAAUAGUUUGGUGUAGGUGAUCCACAAAACACCACAAACACUACACUGCCAGUCAGAUACCAAAGCCCAGAGGGUCAAGCACAUUCUGAAGGCCAGAUGGGUCACCGGAGAAGUCUUGUGGUGGCACAUUUUGCUGCUGCAGCCACCUGCAAAGAGAGCUCAGCUAUUCUCACAGCCAGCUGCGAGCUGGCAACCCACAAAGCAUCAUGUAACCCCUUCAGAAACAGAGAGCAGCAGCCAGCAGGGCAGGGGUCCCCCGCGGGGGCCUGGGGUGUAGCAAGUGUCACUCCUGAGAAAGAGCUGAUGAAGAAAAAAAAUAACUUCCUUGUUUACAAGAAAUCGCCUUUCUUAAGAAGCAUUUGCCUUAAUCAGCUUUCAUUUGUGCCAUCUGCAGAUGAGCUGAUAAAAAUAACAUCCUGCAUUAAAUCUGGGAGGUGAUUGUUCCUUCAGUAAUCCACUUUCUUUCCAUUCAGUCUCAUCAUCACCACCAUUUUUUUUCAGAAUACAGUUGCAGAGAGUAAGAUCUAUUUUUUAUGUGAAGCCUUUGCUUUGAUGUAGAUGUUCCACUUGUUCAGAGUGGAUGCCACCAGAUUUGUGCCAUGUGUACAUUGGAGCGUAGCUUUUUAGGUAGCACAAUAGAAGUGUCAAGUGUAUUUAAUGGUUGUGUGCUUUAAUGUUAAUGAAAUAAAGGGAACUCUUCUGCAAGUACA